AUGCGCUUUCAAUCUCUUCUCUGGGGAGGACUCUUGAGUCUCUCUGCAGUCCUCGCUGCCCCUACUGCAAACCAAGAGCCUGCUACACCCGCCAAGCGUGCUGUUCCUACUUCAACAUUCUCCAAUAAUGUCAUCUUCUCUCCUCCUUCCAACGCUGGCUGGACAGACCCUCGUGUCCUCUACGCCCGGUCCAUUCAGCUCUCUGACGGCUCUCUGCUGGCAACCUGGGAGAACUACUCCCCGGAGCCCCCACUGGUUUACUUCCCCAUCUACCGUUCAACAGAUGGUGGUGUAAAGUGGACCCAGAUCGGAAAGGUUCAGGAUACAGUCAACAACUGGGGAUUGAGAUACCAGCCAGACCUUUAUGAGCUUCCAAGAGCAAUUGGAAAGUAUCCCAAGGGAACCAUCCUUUGCACAGGAAACAGCAUUCCCACGGAUCUGAGCAAGACCAAGAUUGAUGUCUAUGCUAGCACUGAUGGUGGAAAGACCUGGAAGUUUGCUAGUAGCAUUGCAUCGGGCGGCGAAGCUCGUCCCAACAACGGUCUCACACCAGUCUGGGAGCCUCAUAUGAUGGUCUAUCAGGACAAACUCGUUUGCUACUACGCUGAUCAGCGUGACCCCAAGCACGGCCAGAAGCUCUCUCACCAAACCACUACUGAUCUCGUCAACUGGUCUUCCCUCGUCAAUGACGUUGCUGAUAGCAACUACAACGCUCGUCCCGGUAUGCCAGGAAUUACUCUCCUCCCCAACGGCCAGUACAUCUUUGUCUACGAGACCUGCGGUACCCAAGGCUGCAGAAUCUUCUACCGUCUUACCUCCAACCCUCUGAACAUCCUCGCAGCCAAGGAGUAUGCUCUGGUUAGCAACAAGGGCACCCGCCCCGUCAGCUCUCCUACCGUUGUCUGGAGUUCGGUCGGAGGAGCCAACGGAAGUAUCAUCGUCAGUGCUGGAAGCCAGUCUCAGAUCUUUGUCAACAAGAACCUCGGUGCUGAGAACUCUUGGGUCGAGUUUGCUACUCCUCAGCCUAAUGCGUAUACUCGUGGACUUAUGGUGUUCAAGGAGAACGAUAACUUCUUGGCUAUUAUUGGAGGCGGGUGGUUACCUCCCAGCAGCACCAACCAAGUUAGCCUGAGCGUUAUAGACUUGAAGAAGACCGGACUGUAGAAUAUC